UAACAAGAAGACGUCCGAGGUUGGAGCGCGAGACAUCGACGGAAGUGGACAUUCGCACAUCGACAAUCUUUUUGAAGAAUUUCCUCAGUCAAGAUGUCGGCGCAGCGAAUGAGCGCUUUUCAAGAAGUUUUCAAAAGACUGGAAAACAACGCGCGUCGUGUUUUAUAUCGAAUAGACGACGCGAUGCAUAAUCCGAAUCUGAGGCGUUUAUUAUCCUUUUUCACGAUCGGAAAGAUUCUCAACAUCGUGCUACACGUUAUUGACGAAUACAAGAAAAAUAUGGUGUCCGUGAAAAGACUGGGACUCGCCGGGUCCUGCACGUUCUCCAUCGGGCUUAUCAGUUAUAGUCUAGGAUUUCCUUCUAUGUUGAAGUCGCAAGUUAAAUCUCAAAUUAGACUGAAGAAAGGAAGCGAAAUACGUGAUUUCUGGGAGAAACUUCCGCAGCCGCUAGAUUUUAAUAUUUAUGUCUUCAAUGUAACAAACCCUACUGAGAUUGCAUCAGGAUCGAAACCGAUUGUCCAAGAAAUAGGACCUUUUCACUACGAUUUGUAUCGGGACAAGGAGAACAUUGUGGACCGAGAAGAAGACGAUACUGCUGAGUACAGUUUGCGACAAGUUUGGUACUUCAAUCAGGAGAAGAGCAUCAUGUCGGAGGAAGCGGAAAUUUACACGUUUCAUCCAAUCAUGAUAGCGGUAACUCUGAUCGCUCAAAGAGAUAAGCCAUCCGCGAUGGGAGUAAUUAGCAAAGCGCUGGACAGUGUUUUCAAGAAACCCCAGUCGAUAUUUAUCAAAACCUCCGUGAAAGAUUUGUUCUUUAACGGUAUACGUUUCGACUGCACGGAUAUAACAGAUUUCGCUGGAUCCGCAGUGUGCAACGAGUUGAAAGAAAGGGAACAUAUAUUAAUCCGAGAGGAGGGUUUACGUUUCAGAUAUGGUUUUCUCGCUAAGACAAAUGGGAGUCUUUUGCCAGAACGCAUAAGAGUAUAUCGCGGAAUUAAAAAUUACAAAGACGUGGGUCGUGUAUUGACGGUAGGAAAUGAAACGAAGAUGGACAUGUGGUCUGGCAGCCCUUGCAACGAUUUUCGUGGUACGGACGGAACCAUCUUUCCACCGUUUCUCAACAAGGAGAAAGAAGUCUGGGUACACUCUUUAGACAUUUGCCGAAGUAUCGGCGCUUACUACAUCGAACCAGGAAAGGUUCAAGGUUUUAAGACGCUGCACUACUCGGCGGAUUUGGGCGAUCCAGCUGAGGAUGAGGAUGUGAGGUGCCUUUGUCUCGAGUCCGAAGGAUGCAUGCCUAAGAAUGUAUAUAACGCAGGGCCCUGUAAAUCUGUGCCUAUAAGGAUAAGUUUACCUCAUUUUUUAGAUUCUGAUCCACGAUAUCUCGAGUUGAUCGAGGGUUUAAAUCCCGACCUCGAGAAGCACCGUAUGACUUUCAACUUUGAUCCGAUGACAGGCACUCCAAUAAAAGCGUACAAAAAGAUUCAAUUUAACGUGCUAGUUGGACCCAUCCCCAAACUUCGUUUGAUGAAAAACUUCCCGGAAGUGCUCUUCCCAUUAUUUUGGAUAGAGGAUGGACUCGAACUUGGAGAUAUUCUUAUAAAACCGCUGAAAGUUGCAUAUUUGCAGAUUAAAAUCGCGAAGAUAGUGAUGUGGCUCAUGAUCCUAGGUGGUAUAGGCAUGAUGAGCGUCGCUGGAAUGAGGUAUUACAAAGAAAAAAAUGCGGGGAACACUGCGUUACCGGAUCUUCUACCGGGUAAGGAGCAGAACAACGUGCCGCAAGAGCCGAAGAUAACCGUCAGUACUAUACAAGCUGAAUUGGUACCACCUAGAAUUGACAGGGAGUGUAGGGAAACCGAGAAGACCAUGACGAACAGACGAGGCCAAGAGCAAGUAGGAGUACGCCGACGCCGGCCUGGUGUAAAACAGUCGCUGUCAUUAUCGCGCGGGCAGUCCGUUCGCGACGAGCCGCGCACGAUCAACGGCGACGGCUACGUCGACGACGAGGACGUUAAGGGAGGUGCGAAGAGUUCGACCGGGAGAUCGCACAGGUGCGAAGACAUUUUACCGCGAGCUCGUAUGAUUCGGCAUUUUCGACGGGAUUUAACGGCGGGAAAGGAAUAUAAACAUUACAAUCGGAGGAAUCUUGAAUCUUUCUUUAUCAAGCAUAGUGCAGCGAAAAGUGUCUUUUUCGAAUCAGAGUGGUGCGAAAUCGACAAGAACAGAUGUAUCUGUGUGUCAUUAUCAAGCGUAAUAAUGGUCACUAAGCGACGCGCGUAUGACGUCGCCGUUCGCGAAGUUCGGAGAACGUACGAUAUCUUGAAACGCUCGAAGUUGCUGUACACGGUCCCGUUCGGCAGAGCGUUUGACAACGUGCUCCGCGCCCUCGAAGGAUACAAUAAGAGCGUUAAAAUGGUGUCUAUAAAGAAGCUCGGAAUUGGCGGUGGAAGUAUGGUCGUUUUCGGCAUUCUACUUUGGUGCGGGUUUCCAGGACUGAUUAGAUCGCAGAUUAAAAAGCAAAUCGCACUGAAACCAGGAAGCGAGAUACGUGAGAUGUGGUCGAAUACUCCGUUUCCACUGGACUUUAAGGUCUACUUGUUCAAUGUAACCAACCCUGAUGAAAUUAAGGAGGGUCAAAAGCCGAAAUUGCAAGAAGUUGGACCGUUCUUCUACGAUGAGUGGAAGGUGAAGUUUGAUCUUGUCGAUCGGGAGGAUGAGGACUCCGUCGAAUACAGCAUGAGGACAACGUGGUUUUUCAACGCCAAGAAGAGCAAAGGAUUGACGGGCGAGGAGAUAAUGGUGUGCCCUCACCUCAUGAUUCUGGGUAUGGUGGCAGCCACCCUUAAGGACAAGCCCGCCGCGAUCGGGAUUAUCGGCAAAGCCGUCGACAGCAUCUUCCAUAAGCCGGACUCGAUAUUCGUGACGGCCAAGGCCAAGGAUAUACUUUUCGACGGUUUACCCGUCGACUGUACCGUAACAGAUUUCGCCGGGUCGGCAGUGUGCAACGUAUUGAAGACGGAAGCGAAAGAUCUGGUGCCAGACGGUGAAAAUCGCUACAAAUUCUCCGUUUUCGGCGGGAAAAACGGUACCGCCGUGCCGCAACGUAUGAAAGUUCUGCGUGGUAUUAAGAAUUACAAGGACGUCGGUCGUGUCUUGGAAUUCGACGGUAAACCCGCAUUAGACAUCUGGCCGGAGGAUCACUGCAACGCCUACAACGGUACCGAUACGACGAUCUUUCCGCCUCUGUUCGGACCGGACGAUGAUCUCGUCUCCUUCGGCUACGAGAUCUGCCGAAGUAUCAGCGCGCGUUUCUCGCAUCACACCAAACUCAAAGGCCUCAAUACUCUUCAUUACACCGCGGGCCUGGGAGACAGUAGCACGAAUCCUAUGGAAAAGUGCUUCUGCUCGGACCCGGAUAAUUGUCUGACGAAAAAUUUAUACGACAUGACGAAAUGUCUUGGCGUACCCCUUAUUGGAUCCAUGCCGCAUUUUUACGAUACCGACGGGAAAUAUUUAGCAAUGGUGGAUGGCCUACACCCGAAUCAGUCGGAGCAUGAACUCGACAUGGAUUUCGAGCCGAUGACAGCCACGCCGAUACGCGCGCAUAAACGGCUGCAGUUCAACAUGUUUAUACAACCGAUACCAAAGUUCAGACUGAUGAAGAACUUUCCAGAGGCGUUGCUGCCUCUGUUCUGGGUAGAGGAAGGAAUACUUCUCGACGACGAGUUCGUCAACAAGGUGAAGGUGGUGUUCAAAGUGACGGCGGUGGUUACCUUUUUGAAGUGGAUAAUGAUCCUUGGAGGAAUGGGCAUGGGCGGCGCGGCCGGAUUCUUGUACUACAAGAAUCGCGAUAGCGGCAAGCUCGACAUUACUAAGGUUAUUCCAAAGACCGCUAGUGGGGAAAAGACGGAAAAAAGCUGGCCACCUGGCAUGAACAUCAGCACAAUACAAGCGGCGUCGGUGCCAUCCAACCUCGAUAGAAAUUGAACGUUGUUAGCGAGAGGUACUAAUAUCAGUAUUAACAUCGCGAAAGUCUGUUUCUUCAGUCCCGGAUACCUUUCUUUAAUUAAAAUCAUUUUAAUGUAUAUAGUUUUUCUCAAAUGCGACGAAGGACAAUCUUUAAAAAAUUAAUAAUAACGAAACUAUUCUCAUGGAAAGAAAAAGGGAUUUAAUGUUGCGGCAUUAAGUGAUCGAAAGGACUGAAAGAGCUGAAGCAGUCAUCGUAAAUAUAAUAUAUCUGAUAUUUCAAUCUAGUGAUUUAACGAAUGAUAGAUAAAUCUAUUUUUCUUUAAAAAUAACCAAACUCGCGUAUAUAUAGCUAAGAAUAUAGAUAAGGUUCAAUGCGUCAUGUGUAACAUACUUAAAAUUAAUUUAACUACCUCGUAAGAAUGUUACAAAGCUCUCACUUUAUAAUGCACUUGUAAUGUACAGUAUGAAUCAGCGGUUCUUAGUCCUCACAGCUUGUAAUCAAAAUAUCGAUUAUGUAUUGUAAUAUAUUUAAUAUAUUUUUAUAAGUAAAAUUUUACAAGAAUUUUAAAAUUUUUAUUGAGGGUUUUGAUUUUUAAUAACGAUUCGCAAAGAUUUAGAAGACUAAGGACCGCUGAUAAAGAUACACAAAAUUACAGAUAUUCUUAAUGAAGACCGUUUAGAUUUACAAUUAGAGAUUUUGAUUAUUUUCCAAUUAUUCUAAUAGAUUAGGUACAAAAAUAUCAACAACUAUCACCAUCCUAUUACACACAAAGCAAUUAAAAAUAGCAAACAUCAUCGAAGAAAUAAUACAUUUUAUCUAAUUUUAUUGAAAUAAAUAAAAUCAU